AUGGGGGGCACGAACCUUGCUGAUCCGUCCGCAGCGUUGCUGGCUACCUGCGGGGGUGACACCGUGAAGCUUUUCGACCUGACGGUAGACUCGGGAGAUCCCUGUGCCCUCAGCUACGUACCAACUUCGGGAUCCCACGUUAACUCCGUCAAAUGGAACCACACUAGUGAGUCGUUUUUGGUGGAUUCUGCUUUACUUUAAUAAUUUUUACGCGCUGUCAACUGUUUUCGAUAGUGGCAUUUUUUAUACUUUCUUUGAUGUUAGCAGAGCAGCUUUUAAUUUAUAUUUCAUCAGCAGAAAAUGGUUUCUCAGAGCUGUAACUGCUCAAAACUAGGAAUUUUUGUGUAGUUUAGUGGGAUGAGAACUUUGUUCUUCUUAAAUUCUCUGCUUUUUUAGAUUCUUGUCUUUUUUAUUUUGACGCUCUCUGAAAUUUUCUUUCGUGAAAGGUGGCUAUGACAGUGUUUUAUCUCCUCUACUAUGAUUAUUUUACAUACGGCCAACUUUUAGGGGGAGGUGUGGUAAAAUUUUAUUACAUUGCUGCAACUUGCCUAGUUUAACCAGUAAAAUCUUAUAGUUUAGAAAAUCACAAUGUUGCGUUUUUAGUUGACCUGACGGGAAAAUGACAACAAAAUCUUCACCGUGGUUGAAACACAACACCAUCUGACACUGUGGACGAACUUUUUUGUCUAAAGCAAACGAAGAGGCAGUUCAACUUUCUGGUAUUUCAAAAGAAGAUGUUUUUUCAAUUUUUACAAAAAUUUGAGAAAUUAUCUUGGUUGAAGGGGUUCGAUUCCCUUGAUGGGAGGAAGCCAGAAAAGAAAAAGUAUCCCUUGCAGUGAGGAAGAUACAGACAUUUUUAUUAUAACUCAGAGUGUUGUUAGAAGAAGCAUUUUAGCAAGAUGUUUCAUAAUGGUGGUGGAAACAAAAUUCCCAAUGGGUAUAUUUGAAUGUAUUUUUGUUCGUGCAGAUCUAGUUGUUGCCAGUGCUGGGGAAGAUAAAAAAAUCACCCUGUGGCGGAAAAAUGGGCAAAGUAUGGGUACAGUGCCACUUUCAGAUAGUGAUGCUGGUGAUAAUAUUAGUGUAAGUAUUUCCCUCUGCCAAUUUUCCAUUUUGUAUUUAUUUUGUGUCUAUAAAUGUCCUGAGUUUCUUGUGCUUUCCUUUUUCCCCAUUAUCCCAAGAGAUGUGAUCAAAUGGACCCAUUACACAGCUCGUGAAUAGUACCAAAUGAUAGAGAGAGAAACAAAGCUACAAGCGAGUCAAGGAAACCAAAAAUGAGUGGAAAAUCAAAGUCACAGUCGAUCUCCUCUUAUCUUUGUUAGUGGCUGCGUAAUAUGCUUGCGGUUCAUUGUAUCCUUUACAUCAUUGCAUCUGUCCACCUUUUGGAAGUAUAUGGAAUCUCUCAGAAUCAAACCCAUGAUCUCCUCAUCCAGGCAUAUCCCAUGUGAUUUCACUAGCAUGAUGCUUUUUUCUACCUAGCUAAUGAUGCCUUGUGAAAUGAAAUGCUUUGUAGGAAUCUGUAUCCGCCAUUAAUUUUAGCCAUAAAGGUUCGAGAUACCUGUGCUCUGGAGGAAGUAGCCACAUCGUAAGGAUAUGGGAUCUACAGAGGAAACGUUGCAUUAAAUGGUUGAGUGGGCACACUGACACGAUUACUGGUGUUAUGUAUAACUGCAAAGAUGAGCAUUUAGCUUCCAUUAGUUUGAAAGGGGAUAUCAUUCUUCACAACCUUGCAUCUGGAGCUCGUGCCGCUGAGCUGAAGGACCCAAGUGAACAGGUUUUUUGGUUUUUGUAUUUUUCUUUUUGUGUAAUCCAAAUAACAGUGCUGGAAUCUUUCAGUUAUCUGAAUAAUCAGCUUAUUCUGCUAGUUACUUCUCCGUUUCUGUUGAUAUCUGAUAAGUAGGUGUUGAGGGUGCUUGAUUAUUCACGACUUAGUCGGCACAUUUUGGUGACUGCUGGUGAUGAUGGAUCUAUACAUUUGUGGGAUACUACUGCCCGCAGCCCAAAGGUUUGUGAUCUUCCAUAGGCUCGCUAUUCUAUUGGGCUGAUUGUUGAGGCGAAAAUAUAACUUCUGGGCCCCAUAUUAAUUAACAUUUCAUGUGUACUGAACGUAGCUGCCCAUUACCUUACCAUCUUAACCUGUCAUUAUCCACUCUUAUUCAUAGGUUCAAUGCAUUAGAAUAGUGGGUGAAGGGGGCUGGAGAUGUGAUUUUCUCCAAAUGUCUCAAGUUUGACUCUGUUAUUCACAUAUUUUGGGGAUCAGAUGUAGAUUUGCAAAGUUAGUUGUAUUCUUCAAUGACUGUAUAGUCUACGUUGUUUAAGUUCAGCUCUCAUUCUAUGGUUUUGGAGGGUAAUCUUUGUAUGUAUGAAUUAUUUUUCCCAUGACUAUAUAUAUAUAUAUGUAUAUAAAUGUGAAGCUAUAUGAUGUACAUGGAUCCAAAUACUGAUGUUUAUGGAUAUUGUACUUUUUGCAGCCUGUUAUUCAAUAGCCUUAUCAAUUAUUCUCCUAAAUUAGGUCAUGGGGUUAUACCAAACAACAUGGUCAGGUAGUGUGUUCAAGUGUGUAUAUGUUGUAUGGCUUUCUUUGGGAAUGCUUGAGAAUAUACUCAUCUAUUUCUUCUAGGCUUGUCUGUCGCCAUGGGGUUGUGUUAUAUAUUUCGUUUGUUCAAAAUAUAGAUGCUGCUGACAAUGAUUCGUUUUUAUUCGGAAGGGUAAAAUAAAAUUUAUGGAGGGUUAAUAUUCUAACUUAAGAAAACUAAGAAUAGGGUCAGUGUAGAAGACUGCUGAAAUAUCCUUUUGCAUUAUAAGUUAUGAAAAUCAAACAGUGAUACUAAAGCUGAACCUGUUGAAAUAAUUGUCAUUCAUUUUUGUAGUUUUGAUGGGCACAAUGCUUGAAACGUUUUCCCAUAGAAAUGAUCUAUGCAUAUUCUACAGAAAGUGACGCUUCAAUGUCAGUGAAAUGGUUUUUUUACUAUUUUGGGUUACACUUGUUUAUUUUCCCACUGCAUAAAUGUGCAAUAUAAUGAAAUAUUGACAUGCUUUCUCUUGUGACAGAUGUCUUGGCUUAAACUACAUUCUGCUCCCAUAACUGGAGUUUGCUUUUCACCUUCCAAUGAUAAGGUCUUUCCUAAAGCACGCUCUUUCGAUAAAAACAUAUUAUUUAUCUUUUGUUUUAUAGGCAUAUGUAUAUACAUGAUUUACCAGUUUCUUUCUUCCACAGUUAAUUGCCAGUGUUGGCCUGGAUAAAAAGUUGUACAUGCUUGAUUCAGGGAGCAAAAGGCCUGCGUCAUGUACUCCUCAUGAGGCGCCCUUCUCUUCACUGGCAUUUAGAGAUGAUGGCUUAAUAUUGGCUGCUGGAACAAAUACUGGCCGUGUGGUAUUUUAUGAUAUCCGAGGAAAACCACAACCAUUGACUCUUCUUCGUGCUUAUAAUAGCUUCGAGGUACCAAUUGUUAUUUUUCCAUGUACGAUGAUGUCUACAAGGUGAAAUGAUUGAAGUACUGAGCCUGUUCUGAAUUAUUUAUUCACCCCAUGCUACUCUUUUCCUCGUUUCGGCAACAUGCUUUUUCGUUUGACGGAUUUCUAUCUUUUGUACAAUGUCACUUGCAUUACAUAUCGGGGUUGACUAUUUGCAAAAAUGAAAAAAAAUAUUGUAAGAAAAAGAUAACGGUGUGUGGAUGAUUUAUUUCUCUGGGAAACUUAGUGGAUGGUCUAAACAUUACCAUCUGUAGAUAGUUAAUCUGUUAAAUGAACUAAUUAAAAUAAUUCUAAAUCGUUUUACAGCUAUUGCGAAAAUUGCAGACUAACAUCACGUUGGAUACUGUAGUUUUACAGCCCUGUUCAGUCAUGUUGUGCCAUCUUCAUUCUAUGUGGAUGGAGAAUGCCAAUGACUCUCGUGAAUGGAAACACUAAUCCAUUGGCACUGGUGUAAACUGAAUUCAGGGUAGUUUGUGUCUGUUGUCAUGGUCAUAAUGUGGGUAUGUGACCUGGCUGUUACUGUAAUCCAGGGAAUGGUUGUUCGAUUUCGUACUCCUUUGAGAACCACCCAUAGUAAUACCCUUCCAAAAUGCAUUAAGUAUCGUGCAUACCUCAAUGCCAAUUAAACGUAGAUUUUGGGAUGCUGGUUCUUGUGUGAAAUUGUUCCCUUAUUUUAGAAAGUUGCCUUCUGAUGGUGCAAAAUAUAAUUAUAUAUUCCUAUUACAGCUGGCCUGUAGGGGGUUGUCUGAAGGUUCUUGGGUCUCGUGGGAUAAUGGCUCUUAUAGGAGUAUUUUGAAAGAAGUUCAAGGAAAUAUUUUUUUUUUCAUAUGAAAUCUCCUUAAAUGGCACUUGUACAUGAUUUAUAGGUAGCAUUGAGUAUGGUUCUCCCGAUCUAGACCAAUCAGUUUAAUGAAUUAUAGGGAUGUUUGGAUCCUCAUCAAGUAAACAUCGCAACUCUGUUGGCUCUUUUUUUUUCGUGUCUCCUUUUUCUUCAGGCAUUCUACUUUUUUUGGCCUUUUUAAUUCAGCUUUUAUGACAAGAGGCCUCUUGGUCUGUAGUGUAUAGGAAACAACUGAAGAGUGAUGCAAUCUAGCUUCAAAAGAAACCACCCAUUGUCUGAGUUGGAAAGAAAUGUGAAAUGAGAAAAAAACAAUCCGUCCCAGGGUGGGUGGAUGGCAACCAUUCUUGACUGUAAAAGGAAAACAUUGCGGAUUAUUAUUAUUGUGUUAAAUUAAGUGACAGAUACCCUGGAUGUCUGCACAUUCCCAAUCUUUCUGUAGAGAUCUAAAGUAAAAUGUGGAUGAAGUAGAAAUGACAUGUUUUGAUCCAUGUAAACGGAAGUUAUCUAAUGCAUUUCUUAUUUUGCAAAUUUAGAUGCUAGAAUGCGUAUGAUUCAUCAAUUAUUAUUUAUAUAUACGAUUUUGAACUGAUUAUAACAAGUGAUUUCUCGGAUUAGGUAGAGUUUAUUCACAUGGUAGAAUAGAUAGGAUACUAAUAUCUUUCAUCAUCCGUCAGGCGGUGACAAGUUUAUGCUGGCAAAGAUCUAAGCCCGUGGUUGUGAACGAGAACUGCUCCUCUGAGAUUGCCCUUCUUGGAAGUGCUGGAGAAGAUUCGGUCCUCAUGCCAGAUCCACUUCCUUCUGCAUCAUCCUCAACCCUUUCUGCUGCUGCUGCUGCUGCUGCAACGCUUGCUCGUGGUUUGUCCUCAGCAACUGGAACAGCAACCACGGCAUCAUAUCUUUCUGCGUCAGAAGUGACUCCCUUUCGGAGUCAAAUAUGGACCGGUGGUUCUCUGUUAAAGCUGCAAGCGCCUCGAAAUAGCCACAAAUUAAAAGACGAUAUGGACGUCUUCUCCCCACUCGUUGAUGUUCAGCCCAUCACGCCCUCUCUUGGAAACUGGUGGGACGACAAGGAUGAAGCCAAAAAAGAUGGUCUAGCUGGUGAGAAGAGGUCGACAUUGUUUUCUUCAUCCAUCAGGAAGCAUCCAUACCCAGAAGGGACUUUGGAAACUCAUCCUAUCUCGGACUGGAGGUCCACUUCUUCCUCUUCUCAGGUUCUGCUCCCCUUUACCGUCUCCAUUGAGGAAGAACAAAAAACUGAAUUUAAUUUGUUUUGGAAGAAGUAGCUCUUCAGAAUUACAUUGAUCAGUCAUCUUUUUGAAGAACACUUUCAAUAAUUUCAUCUUUUCUAAGCUAACGCUUCGAAGCACUGUUUCCAUUUUUUGCUAUUAUUGACAGGAAGAUGUGCCUUCCAGUUUCUCCCAGUCCAGUGAUGCACCUCUUGCAUCAUCGAGGAGUGAGUCAUCCUCUGCAAUGACCAGUGAAGCAUGGGGAAGCAAUGCUCUGCCUGACAAAUUAACCAGCCGCCGCCAGCCUCCCUCACUGUCACGCUUUGUACCCAGCAGUCUACAAGACUCAUCCGAUCCUUCUAGCUUCUCUUUUAUGAGCUCAUUAGCAGGAGCCAGCUUUAGUACAUCAUCAAAUUUUCUUGGCAAUCCUCCUGUAAUUUCUGAGCCAUCAACUGCAUCCCGGCUGGGUUCCGUUUCUGCAUCUCUGGCCGCCAAAACACUAGCAGCACAGGCCAAUGUUGACCUUCCUGGAGCAUCAUCCUCUGCCCUUCCUCGAAGAUUUCCCAGCUCUGCUGAUGGUUCUGUUUCGGCUGGCAGUUCUCCUACAUCAAAGAAAACUGGAACCGAAACCAGGGAAGAGAUCACAAGCAGCUUGCUCUCAAAGAAUGAAUCUUUGUCUGUGGUCAGAAACAGCAGCCAUCCUGUGAUAGUUACUAUUAGCCUGUUGAUUUUCUUUGAAAGAGUUUUGAAUGAGAAAUUGAUGAGGAACCUUGUGCAGGGCGUUGGAGCUCAAUUUCAGCCAAGCAUGCCUCAUUCCGCUGAGCAGCUCCAGGGGUCGUCCUCUUUCUCUCUCCAGCUUGUUCAGCGCACUCUAGAGGAGUCCCUGGGCUCUUUGCAGCUGUCCAUACAUGAAGACGUGAGGAACCUCCAUAUUGAGCUGCUGAGACAGUUCCACAUGCAGGAGGUUUUCCUUCUCUCUCUCUCUCUUCCUUCCUAUCUUCACAUCUCAAGGAUUUAUUUCUGAUACAGGUGGAGGUAGCUGGGCUAAUGAGCACGGUUUUGGAGAAGCUCGAUGACCUACAGAAGGAAGUCCAGACCCUGCGGAGAGAGAACCAGCAGCUGAGGAUGUUACUGUAG